AUGUUGUCUAAAGUUGAUGUUGGCCUUAAAGCUGUAGGAGGUUGUGGCACUGCUAGUAUGGUGAAUUUAGAAGUUGGGUAUGGGCCUGGAGUUCAUGUUAAUUAUGGGAAGGACCUUAAAAGUGCUGCUCCGAUUGCUGAAGUUGGUGAAUCUGCUGAUUGUAUGAAGCUGAAGAUAGUGACUCUUGAUAUUGGUGCUUUUGAUGUGCUUAAUGGUAUUGAUGAGGAGGGAGGUUCAGCUGUUUGUGCUAAGAAGGUGAAUGGAGUUAUUGAUGGCAAUUUUAUACCUAAACAGAUUAUUGCUUCUGAGAAUCAACCAGUAACGUGGACUACUCCCCUUGGAUUGCCUGUUGUUCAGCCUUACAGAAAUUCUGAAAGACAUCUUAUAAGAACAUCUCUUCAGGUUUUGGCUUUAAAAAGGGAUGGAUGCUUGGUUGCAGCUAAGCAGCAAAAGACAGCUUUUCCUCCGAAUUUCGUGCAUUCUCUUGAUGGUUCUCAUAUGAUGAUGACAGCUAUUUCCUGCAGGAAUUCUGGCUUAAAGUUUGCAGGGGUCCAUGAUUCUUUCUGGACGCAUGCGUGCGACGUGAACAGAAUGAAUCAAAUACUAAGAGAACAGUUUGUGGAGCUUUACAACAUUCCUAUCCUCGAAAAUUUGCUUGAGAGUUUUGAAACAUCCUUUCCAACGUUAACUUUUCCUCCCCUCCCCGACCGAGGCGAUUUUGACCUUCGAAAAGUUCUUGAAUCUCCUUAUUUUUUCAACUAAUAGAUUGUAUUUAUGAGAGGCGGUGAUCUGCAAUUCUCUGGUC